UCAGAGAUCCGCCGCCUCCCGCUCGUUCUGGGCCUGCUGAUCCUCUCCUGUCUCGGUGAGAUGGCCAUUCCAUUCUUCACCGGCCGCCUCACCGACUGGAUCCUACAAGACGGAACGGCCACUGCCUUCACUCGGAACAUAGCGCUCAUGUCCAUCCUCACCAUAGCCAGUGCAAUGCUGGAGUUCAUGGGCGACGGCAUCUACAACAGCACCAUGGGCCGCGUGCACAGCCGCCUGCAGGGCCAGGUGCUCCGGGCUGUCCUGCGCCAGGAAACAGAGUUUUUCCAACAGAACCAAACAGGUGCCAUCACAUCCCGGGUAACAGAAGACACGGCCACCCUGAGUGAGUCCGUGAGUGAGCAGCUGAGCCUGUUGCUGUGGUACCUGGUGCGGGGGCUGUGUCUCUUGGGGCUCAUGCUCUGGGGGUCACCGUCCCUCACCCUGGUCACCCUGGUCGCCCUGCCUCUGCUUUUCCUCCUGCCUAAGAAGCUGGGGAAAUGGCGCCAGGUGCUGGCAGCAAAGGUGCAGGAAUCUCUGGCAAAGUCCAGCCAGGUGGCCAUUGAGGUUUUAUCAGCCAUGCCUACAGUCCGGAGCUUUGCCAAUGAGGAGGGUGAGGCCCAGAAGUUCAGGCAGAAACAGCAGGAAAUGAAUAUACUCAACCAGAAGGAGGCCGUGGCCUAUGCAGUCGACCUCUGGACUUCCAGUAUCUCGGGGAUGCUGCUGAAGGUGGGAAUCCUAUACACCGGCGGGAAGCUGGUGACCAGUGGGGCUGUGAGCAGUGGGAACCUUGUCAUGUUUGUUCUCUACCAGAUCCAGUUCACCACAGCUGUUCAGGUACUGCUUUCCACCUACCCCAGGGUGCAGAAGGCUGUGGGCUCCUCAGAGAAAAUAUUUGAGUACCUGGAUCGGAUCCCUUGCUGCCCAGCCAGUGGUGUGUUGACUCCUUCGGACUUGGAGGGCCUUGUUCAGUUCCAAGAUGUCUCCUUCGCCUACCCCAACCGUCCAGAUGCCCCAGUGCUGCAGGGGCUGACGUUCACCCUGCGUCCUGGUGAGGUGACGGCACUGGUGGGCCCCAAUGGCUCUGGGAAGAGCACCGUGGCGGCCCUGCUGCAGAACCUGUACCAGCCCACGGCCGGGACGCUGCUGCUGGAUGGGGAGCCCCUCCCCCAGUAUGAACACUGCUACCUGCACAGACAGGUGGCCGCAGUGGGACAAGAGCCACAGUUAUUUGGAAGAAGUUUCCGAGAAAAUAUUGCCUAUGGCCUGACCCAGAAGCCAACCCUAGAGGAGGUCACAGCUGCGGCAGUGGCGUCCGGAGCCCACAGCUUCAUCUCUGAACUCCCUCAGGGCUACGACACAGAGGUAGGUGAGGCUGGGGGCCAGCUAUCAGGGGGUCAGCGGCAGGCAGUGGCCUUGGCUCGAGCACUGAUCCGGAAACCACGUGUACUCAUCCUGGACGAUGCUACCAGCGCCCUGGAUGCAAACAGCCAAUUACGGGUGGAGCAGCUCCUGUAUGAGAGCCCCGAGCGAUGCUCCCGCUCCGUGCUUCUCAUCACCCAGCGUCUCAGCUCCGUGGAGCAGGCUGACCACAUCCUCUUUCUGGAAGGAGGCACCAUCUGCGAGGCGGGAACCCACCAGCAGCUCAUGGAGAAGAGGGGACGCUACUGGGCCAUGGUGCAGGCUCCCAGCGGGUCGGGUGAUCCGGAAUGAAAGACGUCUCAUGGCCUCCCCCUUUCCUGCUGGCCUCGGGGGAGAAUUUGGGAGCAAGGAUCUUACAGAGCUGCAGAGUAGACAGGAGCGACUCCCUAAAAUAUAACCCCUAGGUGAUACUUGAAAUUCUGCCAUGCGUGAUAGCCUCUCUCCAAGCUCUUGAGAACUGCAGGUUUCCUGGAAGAAAACCUGGUUUAUAACUGUGCUGUGACUGGGCUUACAGCCGGGGUCUGUGUGGCUCACACUGAAAAGGAGGAGAAAUAUUUAGAAUCUACACAAAGGAAAGAUCAGCUACUUUCCAACACGAGCAAAGGCAUAUAUACGUGACCCAUAAAUACCCUGUGGAUUGCUUGAUAUUUAUAAUAAAAUUGGUGUUUUGUACUGCG